AUUCCCAUAGAUCUACAUAACUUUGUUAUGGUCAUUGUUAUGGUUCGUGAGUUAAUGUGAUGUUCAGGCAUACUGUUCUAACUUUAGUCACCUUGCAUUUGCCCUGAACAGCGCAAAUAUGACGAGUAGUGUGAGGAGUAGAAGUGAGAUUCGGACGGAAGAGGAGGCUAUGAUUAACCAAAGGUUACCUAAGGAAGAUAUACUUAGGGUAUUUUCGUAUCUUGAUGUAGUCAGCCUGUGUAGAUGUGCACAAGUAUCAAAGUCCUGGAAUAUUCUUGCUCUAGAUGGCAGCAACUGGCAGAAAGUGGAUUUAUUUAACUUCCAGACAGAUAUAGAGGGGCCAGUUGUGGAGCACAUAUCAAAACGAUGUGGAGGCUUUCUCAAGAACCUUAGUUUACACGGAUGCAAGAGUGUCACUGACGAUGCCUUGAACACAUUUGCAGACAACUGCAGAAAUAUAGAAGUACUGAACUUAGAAGACUGUAAACGAAUUACAGAUCAUACAGCGCAGAGUCUUAGCAGAUAUAGCAAGAAGCUUAGCCAGUUGAAUAUGGUAUCCUGCACAGCAAUCACAGACAAUGCGCUCAAGUCUCUCAGUGAUGGCUGCCAUCUUCUAAGUCAUCUCAAUAUCUCGUGGUGUGACCAAAUUAGCGACAAUGGCAUCGAAGCCCUGGUCAGAGGUUGUUCUCACAUCAAGGUCCUUAUCCUCAAGGGUUGUCAUUCGAUAACAGACGAGGGUAUCACACACAUAGGCAGCCAUUGUAAGAAUCUAACCACACUUAAUGUCCAAGGUUGUGUACUCAUCAGUGAUGAUGGUAUGAUAGCUCUAGCCAAGGGUUGUAGAACGUUGCAAUCACUGUGUGUAUCAGGCUGCACUCACCUUACAGAUAACACACUCAGUGCAUUUAGUCAAUUUUGUCCUAAAAUCAAAACGUUAGAGGUGUCAGGUUGUUCACAAUUCACAGACAACGGCUUCCAAGCCCUAGCCAGGACAUGUAUAGACCUAGAAAGAAUGGAUCUAGAAGAAUGUGUUCUUAUUACAGACACUGCAUUAAGUUAUCUAGCUUUAGGAUGCCCCAUGCUACAGAAGCUGACAUUAUCCCAUUGUGAGCUGAUCACAGACGAAGGCAUCCGUCACAUCGGUACUAGCGGCUGCUCUACAGAACACCUCCAGGUCAUCGAGCUGGACAACUGUCCUCUUAUCACAGACUCCUCACUAGAACACUUGAUGGGUUGCCAAGGGUUACAGCGGAUAGAGCUGUAUGACUGUCAGCUCAUUACUAGGGCUGGCAUCAGGAGACUAAGGACUCAGCUGCCUAACGUGAAGGUCCAUGCCUACUUUGCACCUGUCACGCCUCCUCCAUCAGUGGGCGGAGUCAGACCCCGGUACUGUAGAUGUUGUACUAUAUUGUAGAGACUUCUUGACCGGUGCAGUCUGUCCACUGAACAUUUAACCAGCACAUGCAGUCUCUGACUGAACGCUUGACCAGUGCUGACUGUAGCCACUGAAUGCUUGACCAUCCACUCCUUGCUCACAUAGAAUGGAACAUGAACCAUGGAGACGGAGAAGGGUUGCUCCCCUAACAGUGCUUUGAUGCGUGAGUAAUACUGAAAUCGGGCUACUAAGACUCUAUUAAAGCAGAAGGCCUGAAGCCAGACCAGAUGAUUUUCUCGCUACUUGGAUGCGUGCAGUUCCCGACCCAGUGGCCCUGAUACAGAAGGAGAGGCUGUGUUACCAUAAAUUUUCUUAGAAGGUUCUGGAGGUACGCAUCUGUGGUCAUUCACCACAAGCCUGGGUUAUUCAGUGCAUGACAUCAAUAGCUAAUAGUUAUCGCAGUUCUCAUUCUGUUGCUCUCAUAGAGUGUAGCUCUGUACUGUUGAUUGUCUUGGGAAAGGUUUUUCUAAAUCUCUUCAUUGUAACAUGUACAUUUCAAAGUGUAGUGCCAUGUUUGGCAUUACUGGAACUCUCAAAGGAAGAUUUUGGGGCUAUUGGAGAGUAUUUAUACAAGUUUGUGUAGGCCAGUUAUGACAUAUGACUGAAAAGAAUUUUGAAUGUUUAACCUAUAUACCCAUAUCUGCCCAAGCACUAACUGUACAUUGUACACAAACCUUUUAUUACCCAUACCCUUUUGUGUGUAUUCAUUAAUUUUCAGUACUGUCUGUAAGGCAACUCCACAUACCAAAUAUCUUGUUAUAAACACAUUGAUUUGUUUCUAUUAUUUGCACAGCUAAUGUCACACCACAAACUGUUCUCAAAUGCGUACAUACCGGCAAAGGCACACUUUUAAAUCCAAAAUGUAAUGAAAAGUGUACAUUUUCUAUUUUUGCAUUGUAGGCACUGCCCCCAUCAGGAUUUGACAAAUUGGCGUUCUGCCCAAUAUGAAUUGUUGAAACUCAAAUAAUGAUCAUGUGAUUCUGACAAGGUCUUUACCGUAUGCUUCCGUUGGGGUGGUCCACAAACAAAUAUUCAUACACGUAAAAUUUGGACUUGGAAGGAGUAUGAACUGAUAUGUGUGAAGCACAAAGUCCUUAGUGGCUGGGUUACAGUGCUUGCUUUUAAAAGAGCUCUAUGACUCUUAGAUGCACUCUGGUCCAUACUUUUAACAUUUUCAAACACAUUUUAUAACUAAUAUUUUGUUUAUAAUUUUCAAACCUGUACCCCAAAAAAGUCAAGCUGUUGUUGCAUGUUUAAUCCCCUUGUGGACCACCUUGCUUCUGUAAUAUCCAAACUUUAAAAGGGUUAUAGCAGGAAAUGGGAAUAAUGUCAUGUCUAGUAAUGCAAGAAAGGAACUUCUUAUAAUCAUGUAUAGAUAAUACAUUAAUUAUAACUGCAUCAUUGAUGGACUUCAAUUAUUUUUUUGAAAUGUACAUUCAUUUAACAUUUGAUACACUGAUUUUGAUAGCUCUGUAAGUUUGAACACUGCAAUAAUCCUCAGUUUAGUACAUUUGUCUUCAUAUGGUGUAUGCGCACAUAUCAUUAUUUUUAGAUGUUGCAGUAUGCCAGACUUACAUGUGGGUGUAGGCGUAUUCUCGAUAAAGCUUCACUGCAUGUGAAUGAAGAGUAUGUUGACAGCUUUGCCUGAUAUGAAAGAAAAAGACAGGUACAUUCAUCAAGGUUUUAGGGUUUUCUUCAAGUAGCAUCUGACUGUUGGUUCUGUUUAAAUUGACCAGUUUUGAUGGGAGAUUGUUUGAUUGACCAAAGUACUGAAUCUUGGAGCGUUUUUUUUUUCAGGGGUUGAAUAAAGACUAGGCUGCAGCUCUAUUAUAUGCAUCAUACAUUAAAGCAUACUAGGUUUACUCAAGACGUGGAUGUCAUCUGCUUGGGCAGUAACUGAAAAGGAUUGGGCCAUUCAAUUCAUAUCUACAUGGUAUUGCAAUGUAUAACCUCUGCUGUUUGAUAGAUCAUGUUAUGCAAACUCUUCAUAAGAAUGAGGGAGAAAAUGUGUGAACAAAUAUUCCU